CAAGUAUUUCUCUCUCUAGCUAUAAGAUAUUUUUCCAUUCACUUUUUCUCUCCUACCAAACACAGAGAGGGAGGGGUAGAGAGAUCGGAGCCUCGGACUUAUCCAAUUGUUAGGGUUCCUUCUUUUAUCGCCUCUUUACGACUUCGAAACCCUAACUAUCGGAUCAGGUCUGAGCCUUCUGGUUGUCAAGUUCUCUUAUUUCAACCAGCUAAGGUUCAUGUCUGAACUCGACCACCAGACUCCCACUGCCUUCGAUCCGUUUGCCGAGGCAAAUGCUGACGACUCAGGUGCUGGAGCAAAGGAAUAUGUGCAUAUUCGUAUUCAGCAGCGGAAUGGCAGGAAAAGCCUGACAACUGUGCAGGGAUUGAAGAAGGAAUACAGCUACAAUAAGAUACUUAAAGACCUUAAGAAGGAAUUUUGCUGUAAUGGUACAGUAGUUCAGGAUCCAGAAUUAGGGCAGGUUAUUCAACUUCAGGGUGAUCAGCGUAAGAACGUAUCCACCUUCCUAACCCAGGCUGGUAUUGUGAAGAAGGAACAUAUCAAAAUUCAUGGUUUCUGAGCCGCAGCUACUCAAAGUCUCUGCAAUAUACAGCACAACCCUCUCUUGUGUUGGUGUUUGUCUGAUUUUCAAUAUAAGAGUGCUGUAAUAUAAACCUUAUGCUAGUUUGUUGCAUGCACUUUAGUUCCUGUGUUCUAGCGUUAUAGCAUCCGUGUGAUGUGGGAUGAUUAUGGAUUGUGUGAUAAUUAAUACCUUUGUCCUUAAUACAGAUGCCUAUCGAGACAAUAUUAAGUACCCAUUUUACA